CAACCAAUAAUCACGUUUUUAUUUAUAAGAAUACGGACGUUACACCCUGGUGUUUUAUUACCCCCAGUCCAGUUGGUGGCGCUACUUGCUCACACAACAGGAUGGGUUUCCACUGAAACCAACUUUCUACUUUUAAACAAUGGCGCAAACUGCGACUGAAACCCCUCAAAACUUAUUCAGUUGCCAGUUAUGCGGUCUGAGCACCUCAUAUACGUACUACGGCCAGAAACCACCCAACACCAGAGCCAUUGUGUUGCUUGAGGAAUGUUUUGUGACUAAGGAUCCAUUCAGUCCGGAUAAGGAGAAGUUUCUGGUUUUGGGAUCUGCAUGCAGCCUGUGCAACAUGUGUGUCUGUGUUGGACCGGACUGCAGCCUGUUCUACACCAAGAGGUUCUGCAUGCAGUGCGUGAAUAAGCACCUGGACCAGUUCCCCCAUCAGAUUCGGGCCGAGCUGGCAAAGAAGAAGCAGAGUUCAAAGCCCGGCGUCUCAUGACACACGAGGUCCUCCAACACGCUCACCAGACUGCAACAGAACUUGUACUUUUUGUGGAACAAAACGUUCGGCACUAGACAUACCGGCGGGGAUUGCGUGAAAACCGUAUCAAGUCACAGAAAAAUGUAACUGGUCCUGCUUUUAAUUUGAAAUGCAAAAGCGUUCUUUAUGUAAAAGGACACUAACUGUCACUGCCUACUGGUUAAAGAUAUAUAUUAUCAUAUAAUAUAUAACUUUAACCAUAUAUAUAUAUAAAUGUUUCAAAUAAUUCAUACCCAUUUUUAUCUACGUCAAACCAAAAACAUGGAUUUAGAUUUUGUUUAAUGGAGAAUAAUUUUCAAGCAGAACAAAAAACAGCCAAACAAACAAACAAACAAACAAACAAACAAGGGUUUCGACUGAAAAAUGUGGGAUUUGUUUGUUUUCAGCUCACUCUACACCUAACUGGUAAGUCCACCUUAAACCAUAAGAACCAUUCUUAUGGUGAAAUAUGGUGGCAGCAUCGUGAUGUUGGAGAAGCUGGGGGUCUUUAAAUAAUAAAUAAACUCCAGAUUAAGCAGUAAAUUUCAUAAAUCAUCUUUUCAGUAAACCUACUGCUCUUGUGUGUAACUUUUAAACAAAUGUUAAACAACACAAAGUUCCUCAGUUGGACUGAAAAGAAGCUUUUGGGAUUCA